GCAUUAAAAAAAGCCCCACUAGUGUUAUACUUGGAGCAGCAACGUCUCCCAACCAGGAUUUCCACCCGAAUUUACCUAAUUUAAAGUAAAGGAUGAACACAUGUUAGUUGCUCCUGUGUUUAAAUAUAUAUAUUUUUAAACAUAUUUUACCUGCUCGGUGCUGUUUAGUAGGUCAAACCAAGCGAACCUAGAUAACAGUUUUAGCUAGUUUUGUCCCAGUGUCCGUUAAAAAAGGGAGCCUUUCUGGACCUAAUGUUGCUCUAAACCGACAGAUGAAGAUGAAUCUCCAGGUUCUUUUUAUAGCAGUUUUAUCAGCGGUCCUCAGAGGCAGCUUGGCUCAGCAAGAUGGGAGCAUAUGCAUCAAGGCAAACGCACAGUCAUGUGGGGAAUGCAUCCAGGUCUCCGAGAUGUGCGGAUGGUGCACAGAUGAAAAUUUCCUCACUGUUGGUGCACCCAAGUCAGCUCGCUGCGAUGACCUGGAGUCCCUGAAGGACAGAAAGUGUAAACAAGUUGAAAACCCACGUGGAAGUGUCGCCAUUAACACGAACACACCAGUCACAGUUCGCAAGGACCGGUCUGAGAAACUGAAGCCUGAACAGAUCACCCAGAUCCAGCCUCAGAAACUCACCCUGAGGCUCAGAUCUGGUGAGCCGCAGACCUUCCAGUUUAAAUUUAAGCGUGCUGAGGACUACCCCAUUGAUCUGUACUACCUUAUGGACCUCUCCUUCUCCAUGAAGGACGACUUGGAAAAUGUUAAGAACCUUGGCACUGACCUCAUGAAGGAAAUGCAGAAAAUCACCUCAGACUUUAGAAUUGGUUUCGGGUCCUUUGUUGAGAAGACAGUCAUGCCCUACAUUAGUACCACACCAGCAAGGCUGCUGAACCCCUGCACAGGCAACCAGAACUGCACCAGCCCCUUCAGCUACAAGAACGUCCUGGCACUGACCAACAAAGGUGACGAAUUCAACCACCUUGUGGGCCAGCAGCAGAUCUCUGGCAACCUGGACUCUCCAGAGGGGGGGUUUGACGCCAUCAUGCAGGUGGCUGUGUGCAAGGAGCAGAUUGGCUGGAGGAACGUCACCCGUCUGCUUGUGUUCUCCACUGAUGCUGGUUUCCACUUCGCAGGAGAUGGAAAACUGGGUGGGAUUGUCCUACCCAACGACGGGAGGUGUCAUCUGGAGAACAACAUGUACACAAUGAGCCACUACUAUGACUACCCAUCCAUUGCUCAUCUGGUCCAGAAACUAAGUGAACACAAUAUCCAAACAAUCUUUGCUGUAACUGAGGAGUUCCAGUCGGUUUACCAGGAGCUGAAAAACCUCAUUCCUAAGUCUGCUGUUGGAACGCUGUCUGCCAACUCCAGCAACGUGAUCAAACUCAUCAUUGAUGCCUAUAAUUCUUUGUCCUCUGAGGUUAUUCUUGAACCUGUCGGUAAGCUGCCGGAGGGAGUUUCCCUUUCCUACAAGUCCAUCUGCAAAAACAACGUGGUUGGAACGGGAGAGGACGGCCGGAAGUGCUCAAACAUCUCCAUCGGAGACGAGGUCCAUUUUCAGAUUUCCGUUGAAUCCCAGAAGUGUCCAUCUCCUGGGAAGCAGGAGGUCAUUAUGAUAAAACCUCAGGGCUUCACUGAGAAGGUGGAAGUAAUUCUGGAUUUCAUCUGUGACUGUGAAUGUGCCGCGAAAGGAGAGCCUAACAGCAAGAAGUGCUUCGAAAACAGCGGCACCUUUGAGUGUGGAGCCUGCAAGUGUAACGAAGGACGCAUCGGGCAGAUCUGUGAGUGCAGCAAAGACGAAGUCCGGACCGAUGACCUGGACGCCAACUGCCGAAAAGACAACGGCACAGACAUCUGCAGCAACAAUGGCGACUGCGUCUGUGGUACCUGCGAAUGCAAGAAGCGGGAUAAUCCUGCAGAGGUUUACAGCGGGCAGUACUGCGAAUGUGACAACUUCAACUGCGACCGCUUCAACAACAAGCUCUGCGGAGGUCACGGGCGCUGCGAGUGCAGAAAGUGCAUCUGUGAAGCCAACUACACGGGCAGCGCCUGCGACUGCUCGAUAGAUACCUCCACCUGUCUAGCCCGGAACGGGCAGAUCUGUAACGGACGCGGCGAGUGCGAAUGUGGGACCUGCAAAUGCACAGACUCCAAAUUUCAGGGGCCAACCUGCGAGGUCUGUCCAACCUGUCCAGGAGUUUGCCCGGAGCACAAGGAUUGUGUGCAGUGUCUAACCUUCCAAACUGGUGAGAAGAAGGACACGUGUAAGGAGGACUGUAAGAACUUCCGCCUGGUUAGGGUGCAAAAAACAGAAGAACUACCGCAGCCCACCGACCAGCCCUUCCCUCGCGCCAUCUGCAAGGAGAGGGACGAGAACGACUGCUGGUUCUACUUCACCCUCGCCGUCAGGAACGACACCAACGAGGUUCAUGUGUUUGAGAAGCCGGAGUGCCCAGCAGGUCCUGACAUCAUCCCCAUCGUGGCAGGUGUUGUAGCAGGCAUCGUGAUGAUCGGCCUGGCCCUGCUGCUCAUCUGGAAGCUGCUCAUGAUCAUCCAUGACCGCAGAGAGUUUGCCAAGUUUGAGAAGGAGAAGAUGAACGCCAUCUGGGACACGGGUGAGAAUCCGAUCUAUAAAAGUGCUGUAACAACUGUGGUCAACCCAAAGUACGAGGGGAAAUGAUGGAGCUUCUCCCUCCUUUAUGACUACACUGUACAUGGAGAAGAACCAGGGGGGGUUUAUACAACAAUACUCCCUGUUUGUCGUCAUGAUUGCCAAAUGAUUUUGUUUUUUUUAACUUGUUUUGAUUUCCUUUGCUUUAUCUUUGUAAAAAGUUUGGAUUUUUGUGUUUUUUUAUAACUGGGCUUUUAAUGGAAAAGCUGUGCUAAGGUGUGCCUUUAUGUUUUAUAGCAAAGCCAUCAGUGUUCUGCGGAGGGUUGUUCUGUUCAGUAGGAAAUAAUCAGGCUUUCACAGACAAAUAAUAACCGGCGACCAAAGGUAUCAGGAUCGACCUGCUGUCUGACCAAAGGUCUCCCUGUGUUCUGGGUCGUGCACCUGAGCAGUUAGCGCUCGUUUAAAAGCUUGCGUGUUUGAAAUGAAAUGUGUACAGACUUUUUCCGGUUCUGUGUAAAGCCAUAUCUAUGAACUUGCAGCUGAACAAUCAUUUGUAAUUUGUUUUUUCUGUCUGAAAGGAUGUCAGUUUAACGUAGCUUUACUGUUUCAGGUCUUAUUUGCUUAAUUUAAAGCCAACUCAGGUCCUUCAUUUCAGCAUCAAAUACAUGCCUCCUUGUUUUCAUAGGAUAAUACUUUACAUUUAAAGUUUUUUUUUUUUUUUUUUUUACUUCGAUCAAAUGUUUUAGAUCCACAAAAAACAGGGGUUUUCAUUAAAGCAACUGUCACCAUUGUUUUUAAGUGCCUUCUUUCAGUGGUGCAAAGACAUUCAGGCAAACCUGUUUUCUCAAAUUAUUUAUUAAAUAAACUAACUUACCCCAA